AUGGCACUAAGCAACAAUGUGAUAGGAGGCAUAAACUUCGUUGCUGUGCUCCUCUCAAUCCCAAUCAUUGGUGCUGGGAUCUGGCUAACAACAGAACCAGCCGAUUCCUGUGUCAAAAUUCUACAAUGGCCUGUAAUAAUCUUAGGGGUCUUAAUCUUUGUGGUGGCUUUAGCAGGGUUCAUUGGGGCCUUUUGGAGAAUCCCCUCGCUUCUCAUAUUCUACCUUAUUGCCAUGCUAGUGCUUAUUGUGUUGCUGGCUAGCUUGGUGAUUUUCACCUACGUUGUCACACUUAGAGGUCAUGGGAACAUUGAACCCAAUAGAUCAUACUUGGAAUAUCGCAUCGAUGACUUCUCAAUUUGGCUUCGUCGAAAAGUUAGAAGCUCCAACAAGUGGGAUCACAUUAGAAGCUGUCUUAGCUCAACAACUAUGUGUUCUGAGUUGAAUCAAAAUUACCGAAUGGCUCAGGAUUUCUUUAAUGCACACCUAAAACCCAUUCAGUCAGGGUGCUGCAAGCCACCAACCAAAUGUGGUUACACGUUUGUGAACCCAACCUACUGGAUCAGCCCCAUCAACAUGGCAGAGGAUGUGGACUGCAUGCGAUGGAGCAAUGACCAAACACAACUUUGCUAUAACUGUGACUCAUGCAAGGCUGGUUUGUUGGCAACACUUAGGGUGGAGUGGAGGAGAGCCAAUGUCAUUUUGAUCAUUACUUUGGUUGCUUUAAUUGUUGUGUAUUUGAUAGGGUGCUAUGCCUUUAGGAAUGCCAAAACUGAGGAGAUCUUUCGCAAAUACAAGCAAGGUUACACUUGA